AUGCUAAUCUCAAAAAAUAUUGAGAGGAUUUUAGUGGAAGCAUUCAAACCUCUUGAAAUUUCUGAUUGGAACUCCAUUUUUUGGGUAUCUCAUCCAGGUGGACCUACAAUUUUGGAUCAAAUUGAAUUAAAGUUGGGCCUAAAGCCUGAAAAACUCAAAGCAACACGAAAUGUAUUGAGUGAUUAUGGGAACAUGGUUAGUGCUUGUGUUUUGUUUGUUUUGGAUGAGAUGAGGAAAACCUCUAUCAAGGCAGGAUUGGGUACUACAGGUGAAGGCCUUGAAUGGGGUGUGCUUUUUGGGUUUGGGCCUGGCCUAACUAUUGAGGCACUUGUCCUCCGUAGUGUUUCUAUUUAG